CAAAUGACAAUUGACAACUUUACUGAACAAAAUACAAAAUCGUUCAAAUUUGAAAAAAUUAAGUCCUAUAGGAUAUAUAGUAAAUCAAUUUUUAUAGAUUAAAACAAACAGAUACCUGGAUUUAGAAAUGUAAUAUAGUUUUCAUACUAAAAAUGGCAUUAUACGAAGGCAUUGCCCUAAUUCAAGAAAAGCAAGCUGUAGUUCUAGAUUUGGGAACAGACUAUACCAAAUUUGGUUUCACCGGUGAAGCAGCACCCCGUUGUAUCAUUCCAUCUGAAUACUGGUGUACCUCUGAGAGGAGGUUCAAGAGAGUGUACGACUACAAUAAUGAGGAAGAGCUGUAUGACAACCUUGUGCACAUGCUGCAUUUACUGUACUUCAGACACGUACUGGUGAAUCCAAAGGAGAGAAAAGUAGUAGUCGUGGAGUCCUUACUCUCUCCAACAAUGUUCCGGGAGACACUCGCUAAAGUACUCUUUCUACAUUAUGAGGUGUCGGGCGUGAUGUGGGCGGACAGCGCGCGCCUGUGCGCGCUCACGCUCGGCGCGCCCGUCGCGCUCGUCGUGUCGCUCGGCGCGCGCGACGCCGAAGUGGUCGCAGUCGUGCACGGCUGUCCGGUGCUGCAAGCGAUCCAGUCGCAGCCGCUCGGCGCGCGCGCCAUACACGACGAGCUGGCGCGGCUCCUCGACCGGGACAACGGCACCGAGCUGCAUCUGCCCGACCACGUGCUCGAGGACAUCAAAGUGCGCGCCUGCUUCGUGCCGGGGCGCGCGCGCGCGCUGCAGCUGGCGGAGGGGGGCGCGCCGGCCGCGCGCGCCGCGCCCUACACGCGCGCCGAGCGCUCGCUCACCGUGAGCGGCGCGGCGCGCGAGCUGGCCGCCGAGCCGCUGUUCGCGCGCGACAACGAGAUGGCGUCGCUGCCGGACGCCGUGCUGCAGUGCAUCGCGCUCUGCCCGAUCGACGCGCGGCGCGAGCUCGCCGAGAACGUGCUCGUGACGGGCGGCACGGCCGCGCUGCCCGGCCUGAGGGCGCGCCUCGCGCAGGAGCUGCGGCACCUGGUCACGCUGCCGCCCUACAGGGACCGCCUCCGCAUCUCGAAGUUCAAGUUCCACGCGGCGCCGGCGCACGACAACUCGGCGGCGUGGGUGGGCGGCGCGCUGUGCGGCGCGGCGGACGGCGGCGCGCGCGCGCUGGCCCGCGACGCCUUCGCGCGCGAGCGCCGCCUCGCCGACUGGCCGAGCCUGCUGCACACCACGCCGCCCUCGCACCCGCACUGGGACGAGCUGGCGGAGGCCGAGUAGCUCGGGUGCAAAUGGCUCAUGUUUGAGGAUUAAAAGAAGCUUAUACUUAUUUAAAUAAAUAAAUUAUUUAUACUAUUCGAUACGCAGAUCUUUAUUCGAUGUAGAGUGUACAUUUAUGGUCGGACGGACGGAACGGACACCUUAGACCUAAGAAGAGAUCCAUUGCAGUUUAAAAUUUUGAAAGCGUUAGAGCGGUAGCGACGCUUCUCCGUUUAGUAGACGUUCUAACAUUUAAGAUUUUGAUGCAUUUAACGGUAAAUUAUUGACAUUACACAAUAGAGCUUUUUCUAAUAAUCAAAAGAGUCAACUGAAGACAAUACUAUCUUGUGCCUUUCAGCCGAAGUAUAAGAUACCUGCUGUUGAUUAUUACGUAAACGAGGUAGAGUAAUGGAACAGGAAUAGAUCCUUGAGCGACCACCAUUCUUACCGGACCCCCAGGUGUACUCUUUAUUGUACAGCAACAUAUUUAUAUCGAACCUACUGGGUACUAAACUUUAAACGAUAAUUUAAAUCUAUGAUU